AUGUUUCAAUUUCUGUUAUACCUCGCCCUGCAAGUGCUCCUGUUUGGGGCUUGGGUCUCAGGAACCCUGGAUCCAUACCAAAAGAAAUGUCAAGAAAUCAUCCUGGAUGCCAUGGGAGAGACAAAAGUGUCCUAUGGAUUAAAAAAAAGUCUGACCGGCAAGAAACUCACAGAAGACCAGAACCUCAGCAAGAUCCAAGACCAAAUGGGUAACCAACUGGGUGGCCUCUUCGGCAAAGGGGGUCUGGGCGAGGGGCUAGGCUCCGCUGUGAGCAAGGGACUCUGA